CAUUGAAGAUAAAUAACAUUUAUUUUGCAUAAAACCACUAUACAUACUUUUAUUACAACUGAAUUUCCCUUUCAUGCAUUACAUUUAAAACCAGUUUACAGGACUAAAAAAAUUACCCUAUAAUUGUAUGUAUGGGGAAGAUUAUUAAACCUCACGAGAUUUGAAGAUAAAAAAAAUAAAUUAUUUAUUUUUGAAGAAAAAUAAAAAAAUAAAAAAUUACGAUACCUGAAUUUAUUUCACAGCAGUAUAAUAAUUAACAUUGGAUUAUAUGGAUGUUUGAAUACAUUGUUGAACAAAUCAAUCAUUCUUGAUGGAAAUCAAUAGAUGGUUGCACUCUUAUUGAUUGAUAACAUGAUCCAAUAUACGGUACGGUACUGUACCUAUAUAAGUUGCUUCUUUCAUAUGCGAAUGUCUCAGCUUAGAAGAUUGAUGACAUCAUUUUUUGAAUUGAUAGAGCUCAGACUGCAGAAUGUAAGUCGAUACAAUAAUGUAAUGAGCUGAAAAAUAAGCUAGAGUGCAUCGGAGAAUGGAAAGCCUGAUUCCAUUCUGGAAACCUUCUCAGGUCAAGUUCGUGUAAAGACUGUGAUUCACUUUCAAUUCAGAAGAGGUUUGGCACACGCAUCUGAUAGCAGCACAUUAGCAUGUAUAUUGAAUCCAAGAUGACUACAGAAGCCAACGGUUCCACAAAUUAUUCUUGGGAUGAAUGGUUAAUGAUGAACAGAGGCCCAAAGCGCCUGAAUAUGAACAUUGUGAUUCCGAUCACAGUGGUGUAUGUGGUCAUAUUCGCAACCGGCGUUAUUGGUAAUAUAGCUGUAUGCUUGGUGAUCGCAAGGACCCGGAUUCUACACACUGCUACCAAUUUCUACCUGGCAAGUUUGGCAAUGUCUGAUCUGACAUUUCUCUUAUUGGGCUUACCAAAUGAUCUAAGUUUGUAUUGGCAACCCUAUCCUUGGACCUAUGGCUUGGCAGUAUGUAAACUUAGAGCAGUAGUUUCAGAAAUGUCAUCCUACACGUCCGUAUUAACAAUAGUGGCAUUUUCAAUGGAGAGGUACCUAGCCAUUUGCCACCCACUGUAUACAUACUCAAUGUCGGGUUUGAGGCGCGCCAUGUGGAUAAUUUGCGCACUAUGGACUGUGUCCUUUGUAUGCGCUCUGCCAUUCGCUGUUUUCACCAAAGUCAACUACAUCCAGUAUCCACCCAACUCUGGAAUAACAGUGCCAGAAUCGGCCUUCUGCGGUCUCCUAAAGGAGAAUAUUCCUCAGAAUGCACCAAUCUAUGAGUUAAGCACUAUUUGCUUCUUCCUAGUUCCCAUGUUUAUCAUAGUCCUGCUCUACGUCCGCAUAAGAAGAGUUGUAAGGGACAGAAAUCGGCAUUCCAUUGUUAACAGUGUUUUGGGAGAAAAUUAUCACAACAAAGCCAGGAAAUCUGUCAUAAGAAUGCUCACGGCAGUAGUGGUGACAUUCUUCCUAUGCUGGGCACCCUUCCACUUGCAACGUGUUCUCUACAUCUAUGUUCCCAAUUCGGCUCCCUAUUGGUACGAGAUCAACGAAUGGCUCUACUACAUCACAGGCUGCUUUUAUUACUUUUCAUCUACCGUCAACCCGUUCCUCUACAACGUGAUGUCCGUCAAAUACAGACUGGCCUUUCGUCAGCUGCUCUGCUGGACUGACACCAAUUCCAGUGUUCAGGGAGAGUCCUUGCAUCUGGGAGCACGACGGAUCAGAUCUGACAAUGAUAAAAACCAUGAUGGCGGUUUCAUACAGCUGAGGACAAUCUCACAGCGGGUUGAUAGAAUAUCUUUCACGAAUUAAAAAAACCUCAGAAAUUUGUCACAUAAACAGUUAUUUGAACAU